AGAGAAGAAGAGGAAGAGGUCCUAGCUAAUCUCAAGGGCAAGGACCCAAGGGCAAGGUUCUGGUCUGUCUGGGAGGGAGAAUACGGCAGUGUUCAGGGAAUGGGUCAUUUUCCCUGCAUGCCCAAGGAGAAUCCUGCUUUGACUCACCUUGGAGGUCCCUGGUCAGGCCACGAAACCAGUGAUCACAUCUCUCACCCAUCUGGGGUGCUGGUGACCUUGGCAGAAGAAAGGCUUAAACCAGGUCAGCCUGGGGGAAGGGGCUGGCUCCUUCCAGGGUCUUCCUCCAGAUUAGAUGUUAACUUUCCAUCUCUUGCUUAAAGUCUCAGUGGCUCUGAAUGUGAGGGCAGAAGGAGGAGGAUGCUGUCAGGGGAGCGGACACUAAUGGCUCCUGACCUGGCCUAGAGAUAAUCCAGGGCUCCUUCAGCCAGCCCUCCCUCCUCAGUGCCCUGGAAGUGUAGGGAGGGGCCAGUUGGGGAUCCCCACAAAUUAAAUGGGGAAUGAGAGGAGCAACUGAAAGUCUCAAAUUCAGGCUAUAGAUGGGACCCCAGCCCUCAGGUUGCUCCCCCAUACUCUCCCAUCCUACAUGAGAUGGGCAGUGGAGGCCAGGACAGCAACUCCAAGCCAGUGUAGGUUUUGGAGGUAGACAGCGAGGAGGCUUGCUUUUGUCCUUUGUUAGUUGAGUGCCCUUGGACAGCUCAUUUACCUACUCUCGGCCUCAGUUUCUCCAUCUCUAAAAUAGGCUAUCAAUACCUACCUUCUCUGGCCAUUGUCAGGAUGAAUGAAAGAGCUCUGGAAGUAUUUCUGUAAUUAGCAGACAUCAGAGAUUGUUAUUCUCCAAGGUGAGAGGCCAGCCUAGAUCCCUGGCGGUGACAGUGUCAAGAUUCUUUUUCCCUCCUCUGCAGUGCCCGCUCCUUUUCCAGUCUUGCGGCUGGCUCUCAUCCUCCUUUCCGCAACCCCCUAGUACUCCUUGGGACCACCUUGGCUGGCCCAGCUUCUUGCAACCUGCCCUAUUCCAUAGGUGCCCGCAUUCUAAAACCUGUAGGGGUGCCCUGCACAGGCGCACGGUUGGUAGAGGUGGGACAGGUGGCGGGGGUCUCCACUGGCCUGCGUCCGCGCCCCCCACCCUGUUUAGGAGUUCCUGUUUGGAGAUGGCUCCCCCUGGUCCUCAUCUCGUCUCUGGGCUAAGCAGGGGAGGAGAGAAAUAAAAGGUGGGGGGCCUGGAAGGGGGUUCCCACCUUCUCAGUCGGGGACCCGAGAGGGGGACGCAGCCCUGGCGCGCCAACGCUGCACCACCAUGGGUCUCCGAGCCGUGCUCGCAGUCGUUGAGAUCCUCGGUGCGGAGAAGAUGUGCCCCUCCGAUCCCCAGGCCGUGACCCCUUUCACCCAGACCCGGCCAAUCCCUCGCCCCAGGCGAGCGGGAGAAUGCGGUUCUAGGACCCGGAGGCGCAGCCGAGCGCGCCGCCGCCUCGGCCUCGCCUCGGUGGCCUCCCGCUCCGGCAGGUGAAGCGGCGCCGGCCGCCCCCUCUGCAGCAGGUGAAGCGGCUCGGCAGCCCCCUCCCCGCCCACCAUGGCUGCGGGGGUCCCCAGGCCGGCGCCCGGCGCUCGCCCCCUCCCUCCAGCCCGCCCCCCUGGGGCUGGGUGCGCGGCGGCGGCGGCGAACUGCGGUUUGCGCGCACCGGGAGCGACAGCAGAAGUUCGAAAAUCGCCGAGGGGGGAGCCAGCGCCGCAGCUUCCUGCCCCCGGCCCAGCCCUCUGGCCCCGGCGGCCUGCAGCCUGACUUCCUCCCCCAACCCUGCAGCUCGCCGCCCGGUCCCUCGGACGGGGCCGCCCCGAUGGGACGCCGCGCCCCGGCUCCUGCGCGCCGCUGAGCCGAGCGCCCCUCGCCGCCGAGACCCCGCCGCCGCCACCGCCAGGCGCUGUCCCCUCGCCCCCGCCUGGGCCGGGAGCCUUGUCCCCGUCCCCCGGAAAGCUGGAUUUCCGAGGCUGGAGGCGCCUGGCUGGCUGGGUGGGGACCACCAUGGGCAACGCGGCCGGCAGCACCGAGCAGCCCGCGGGCCCCGCCGCGCCGCCCCCCAAGCAGCCCGCGCCUCCCAAGCAGCCGAUGCCCGCGGCCGGAGAGCUGGAGGAGAGGUUCAACCGCGCCCUGAACUGCAUGAACUUGCCCCCGGACAAGGUCCAGCUGCUGAGCCAGUAUGACAACGAGAAGAAGUGGGAGCUCAUCUGUGAUCAGGAGCGGUUUCAGGUCAAGAACCCCCCCGCAGCCUACAUCCAGAAACUGAAGAGCUAUGUGGAUACUGGGGGGGUCAGCCGAAAGGUAGCAGCUGAUUGGAUGUCCAACCUGGGGUUUAAGAGGCGAGUUCAGGAGUCCACGCAGGUGCUACGGGAGCUGGAGACCUCCCUGAGGACAAACCACAUUGGGUGGGUGCAAGAGUUCCUCAACGAAGAGAACCGCGGCCUGGACGUGCUCCUCGAGUACCUGGCCUUUGCCCAGUGCUCUGUCACGUAUGACAUGGAGAGCACAGACAAUGGGGCUUCCAACUCAGAGAAAAACAAGCCCCUGGAGCAGUCGGUGGAAGACCUCAGCAAGGCCCCGUCCUCCUCUGUGCCCAAAAGCCGCCACCUGACCAUCAAGUGUCCCCCUUCUCCCCGGCUGACGCCCGCCCACAGCAGGAAGGCCCUGCGGAAUUCCCGCAUCGUUAGCCAGAAGGAUGAUGUCCACGUCUGCAUUAUGUGCCUGCGUGCCAUCAUGAACUACCAGUCUGGCUUCAGCCUUGUCAUGAACCACCCAGCCUGUGUCAAUGAGAUUGCUCUGAGCCUCAACAACAAGAACCCCAGAACCAAGGCUCUGGUGCUGGAGCUGCUGGCGGCCGUGUGCUUGGUACGGGGAGGACAUGACAUCAUCCUUUCAGCCUUUGACAACUUCAAGGAGGUGUGUGGGGAGCAGCACCGCUUUGAAAAGCUGAUGGAAUAUUUCCGGAAUGAGGACAGCAACAUUGACUUCAUGGUGGCCUGCAUGCAGUUCAUCAACAUUGUGGUACACUCGGUGGAGAACAUGAACUUCCGUGUCUUCCUGCAAUAUGAGUUCACCCACUUGGGCCUGGACCUGUACUUGGAGAGGCUUCGGCUUACCGAGAGUGACAAGCUGCAGGUGCAGAUCCAGGCGUACCUGGACAAUGUUUUUGAUGUGGGGGCGCUACUGGAGGACACAGAGACCAAGAAUGCUGUGCUGGAGCACAUGGAGGAACUGCAGGAGCAGGUGGCACUGCUGACAGAGCGGCUUCGGGACGCGGAGAACGAAUCCAUGGCCAAGAUUGCAGAACUGGAAAAACAGCUAAGCCAGGCGCGCAAGGAGUUGGAGACCCUGCGGGAGCGCUUCAGCGAAUCGACCGCCAUGGGCGCCUCCAGGCGUCCCCCCGAGCCUGAGAAAGCGCCUCCCGCUGCCCCGACGCGGCCCUCGGCCCUGGAGCUGAAGGUGGAAGAGCUGGAGGAGAAGGGGUUAAUCCGUAUCCUGCGGGGGCCGGGGGAUGCUGUCUCCAUCGAGAUCCUCCCCGUCGCUGUGGCAACUCCGAGCGGCGGUGAUGCUCCGACUCCGGGGGUGCCGACCGGCUCCCCCAGCCCAGAUCUCGCACCUGCAGCGGAGCCGGCUCCCGGAGCAGCGCCGCCGCCGCCGCCCCCACUGCCCGGCCUCCCCUCCCCGCAGGAAGCCCCGCCCUCGGCGCCCCCACAGGCCCCGCCUCUCCCUGGCAGUCCGGAGCCCCCGCCGGCGCCGCCGCUGCCUGGAGACCUUCCGCCCCCACCCCCGCCACCGCCACCACCUCCGGGCACUGACGGGCCGGUGCCUCCGCCGCCGCCGCCUCCGGGAGGUCCUCCUGAUGCUUUAGGAAGACGCGACUCAGAAUUGGGCCCAGGAGUGAAGGCCAAGAAGCCCAUCCAGACCAAGUUCCGAAUGCCACUGUUGAACUGGGUGGCACUGAAACCCAGCCAGAUCACCGGCACUGUCUUCACAGAGCUCAAUGAUGAGAAGGUGCUGCAGGAGCUGGACAUGAGUGACUUUGAGGAACAGUUCAAGACCAAGUCCCAAGGCCCCAGCCUGGACCUCAGCACUCUCAAGAGUAAGGCAGCCCAGAAGGCCCCCAGCAAGGCAACACUCAUUGAGGCCAACCGGGCCAAGAACUUGGCCAUCACCUUGCGGAAGGGCAACCUGGGGGCCGAGCGCAUCUGCCAGGCCAUUGAGGCGUACGACCUUCAGGCUCUGGGCCUGGACUUCCUGGAGCUGCUGAUGCGCUUCCUGCCCACAGAGUAUGAGCGCAGCCUCAUCGCCCGCUUUGAGCGGGAGCAGCGGCCGAUGGAGGAGCUGUCGGAGGAGGACCGCUUCAUGCUACACUUCAGCCGCAUCCCGCGCCUGCCAGAGCGCAUGACCACACUCACCUUCCUGGGCAACUUCCCAGACACGGCCCAGCUGCUCAUGCCGCAACUGAAUGCCAUCAUUGCAGCCUCAAUGUCCAUCAAGUCCUCUGACAAACUCCGCCAGAUCCUGGAGAUCGUCCUGGCCUUCGGCAACUACAUGAACAGUAGCAAGCGUGGGGCAGCUUAUGGCUUCAGGCUCCAGAGCCUGGAUGCGCUGUUGGAGAUGAAGUCGACUGACCGCAAGCAGACGCUGCUGCACUACCUGGUGAAGGUCAUUGCUGAGAAGUACCCGCAACUCACAGGCUUCCACAGCGACCUGCACUUCCUGGACAAGGCAGGCUCAGUGUCCCUGGACAGUGUCCUGGCAGACGUGCGCUCCCUGCAGCGAGGCCUGGAGUUGACACAGAGGGAGUUUGUGCGACAGGAUGACUGUGUGGUGCUCAAGGAGUUCCUGAGGGCCAACUCACCCACCAUGGACAAGCUGCUGGCAGACAGCAAGACGGCUCAGGAGGCCUUUGAGUCCGUGGUGGAAUACUUCGGAGAGAACCCCAAGACCACAUCCCCAGGCCUGUUCUUCUCCCUCUUUAGCCGCUUCGUUAAGGCCUACAAGAAAGCUGAGCAAGAGGUGGAACAGUGGAAAAAAGAAGCCGCUGCCCAGGAGGCAGGCGUUGAUACCCUGGGCAAAGGGGAGCCCCCAGCACACAAGUCACCGCCAAAGGCCCGGCGGCCACAGAUGGAUCUAAUCUCUGAGCUGAAACGGAAGCAGCAGAAGGAGCCACUCAUUUAUGAGAGCGACCGUGACGGGGCCAUUGAAGACAUCAUCACAGGUAAGGGCUUGGGCAGGCCUUGGUCUUAUUCUCAGUCUGUCCUUCUAUGCUGUCUUCUGACCCAAUCCCCUACCCUCUGGGGGACUGGCUGCCACACUGCUUCUUGCUACCUUUUCUGUUUUUCUUUCCUUUUUCCUUUCUCUACUCUCCUUCACCCGCCCCACCCCCACUCAGUGAUCAAGACGGUGCCCUUCACGGCCCGUACCGGCAAGCGGACAUCCCGGCUCCUCUGUGAGGCCAGCCUGGGAGAAGAGAUGCCCCUCUAGCCCCUCAGGUACCCAGAUGACCUGGCCUCCGAUCCCACGCUGCCCACAGCCCCCGGGACCCUUGGGGGAACUGAGGCAUGCUGCCUUCUCCUGGGCCAGUGGAUGGCUGGGAUGUGAUUUGGCCGUGGGGGGGGGAGGCGGGUCUGGCAUACAUAAACGGUACCCUUGCCAUGUGCACGCAAUCUGAGUCCUUAGGAGGCUAUGUUGUGCCCUGGAGCCAUGCUC